AUAAUAACAACAACAAUGGGUAACCUUAUUGCAAGAAUCUACAACUUAUUCGAUCCAAAGCAGAAUCAUAGAAUAUUGAUGAUUGGUUUGGACGCUGCUGGCAAGACAACUCUAUUAUAUCGUUUGAAGCUUGGAGAGAUUGUUACAACUAUACCUACAAUUGGAUUCAAUGUGGAGACUGUAGAGUACAAGAAUAUAUCAUUCACAGUAUGGGAUGUUGGUGGACAAUAUAAGAUCAGAGCGCUGUGGAGACAUUAUUAUCAGAACUCUGGCGCCAUCAUCUUUGUGCUGGACUCGACUGAUGUCGAGCGAUUCGAGGAGAUCAGGGAGGAGCUGACCAAGCUCACCACCGAGGACGAGUUGCGUGGUGCACCAAUCCUCUUCCUGUGCAACAAGCAGGAUCUGCCGCAAGCCCUGUCCAUCUCUGAGAUCUCUGACAAGCUCGAGCUAUCAAAGUUACAAAACAGAAAGUGGUACUGCCAGCCCACUGUCGCCUUAAGUGGCGAUGGUGCCUACGAAGGUUUGGAAUGGCUAUCACAGACAUUGAAGAAC